CUGAUGUCAGAACACGAGGAAUAUCUCGCAGUCCUCAAGGCCUCUUAUGACUACCAGCCCCAGUCAGAAGAGGAGCUUGCGAUCACUGAGAACCAAAUUGUCUUUCUCCUUGAACGUACUGAUGAUGAUUGGUGGAAAGUCAAGAUAAAAGGUGAAUCACAGGAGCAAGAUAGUCCAUCUGGCCUCGUCCCUGCUGCCUACGUUGAGCAGGCUGAACACACGUCUCUUGUCAAAGCUAUCUAUGACUAUAAUUCCGCUGCACCCGGAGAGCUGUCUAUCAAGGAGGACGAGGUUCUAAUGGUCUUUGACCGUGAAGAAGAUUGGAUACUCGUUCAAAGCAAGCAGGGCGGCAAAGCUGGCUUUGUACCAGGAAACUAUGUUGAAGAGACUACUAGUGCGGAAAGCACACCAGCACCGGCUUCUGUAGCACCUCAAAUUAUCAUUCCGCCAUCGCCUGAACCCCCAGCUCGUCCCUUGAGCGUGUAUGUGGACCCUGCUGACAGAGUUGCCCAGUCCAAAGCCCAAGCUCGUGUGAGCGACGAGAUCAAGACCUGGUCUGUGUCUGAAGUGGACAAGAAAGGCAAGAAGAAGAAGGGUACUCUCGGCAUUGGCAAUGGCUCCCUCUUCUUCGCAAGCGAAUCAGACAAGACUCCAGUGCAGAAAUGGCAAAUAUCUGACGUUGGAGACAUAUCCGUGGAGAAGCACAAGCACGUGCAUAUUGACAUGGGCGGGCCCAGUGCGACAAAGUUGCAUUUCUAUGUUGGAAGUAGAGACACGGCUGAUGCUGUUGUCGAGAAGCUGGAGACUUCUCGUAUACUUGCGUCCGCCGAUCAACGUGCUGUCAUCUCUCCGCCGCCGCGCUCGGAAGUGAGCAGUCCGGUGAAGAAGAACAGCGCUUCUGUGCGCUUCGCGGAGGAAUCUCCUGUGAUUAUACCGCCACGCGAAUCCUCCGAGGAGGAAGAGGAAGAGGCGGAGGAAGAUGGGCAAGGUAUCGACGAUGGCGAGCCUGCCGUCGCAUUAUAUGACUUCGAGGGCACGGGUUCAGAUGAAUUGAGCGUGCAAGAGGGUGAGCGGCUCUGGAUCAUCGAGAAAGAGGGCGAAGAGUGGUGGAAGUGCAGAAAUGAACAUGGAAUUGAGGGAGUUGUCCCUGCAUCGUAUCUCGAGAGCACUGGCGGGGCAUCCGUCACUACUGAGCCAGAAGACGAUGGUGCUGCCGAGCGCGAAGAGCAAGAGCGUCUCGAGGCCGAGAGGAAAGAGGAAGAGCGAAGGGAACGCGAACGUACGGAAAAGGAGCGAAAGAAGAAGGAGCAGGAACAACGCGCGAAGGCUGCUGCAGCAGCGGCAGAGGUUGAUAGGAAACGACGCGAAAAGGAGGAAGCUGCCGCCGCCGCCGAAGCAGAGCGUAUACCUUCCGCGGAGUCUACACGUAUAUGGCACGACCGCAGUGGCCAGUUCCGUGUCGAAGCUGCUUUUCUUGGGUACUCUAACGGCAAGCUACGUCUACACAAAGUCAACGGUGUUGUCAUCGAGGUCCCCUCGGAGAAGAUGUCCCUCGAGGACAUACGUUAUGUUGAGCGACUUAAUGCCAAGAAUGAUAAUCCUCCUGCAGCGCCACGCCGUCACUCCGAUGAUGACGACCAGCCACUUGCGCUCAAGCAAAAGGAAGUUGUACGGCGGGCCACCAUGUCAACGCAGCCCAAGAAGCCGCAGACAGACUGGUUCGAGUUCUUCCUGAAUGCAGGCUGCGACAUUGACGAUUGCACGCGAUAUGCGGCUUCCUUCGAACGUGACAAGAUUGAUGAGGCGAUCCUCCCAGACACUACCGAGUCCACAAUGCGUUCACUGGGCUUGCGCGAGGGCGACAUUAUUCGCGUUACAAAGCAUAUCCAGUUGAAGUUUGCAAAACCUAAGAAGGACACGUCACAAGAGCAGCUUAUUCGCGACGAAGAACUGGCACGGCAGCUACAAGAAGAGGAGAAUGGCACGAGGAGUAAAGGUUCAUCAAGUCCUGCGCCCAACCUCUUUGCUGGUCCAGGAGGCGUUCUCAAGAAUAAUACCCAACGCCGCGGGAGACCGCAACCUAGCAAGUCUCUGCCACCGCCGUCCGUCGACCUCAACGCCAUUAGCUCUGCUUCUGACCAGAUUAAACGGACUGGCUCACCUCUCGUCAUGAGUCCUGCCACUAUCACACCUGUGCAGCCACCUCAGAGGUCAAGCUCAACGGUGCCCGUUACUAGUGGCUUUGAAGACGAUGCUUGGACGAACAGACCGGGGUCUAAGCCUUUGGCCGCUAAUUAUCGUGCACCAUCGGCACCACCAGUUGCUGCUACUGCACCUGCAGUUACGCCUGUCUCGGCUGUGCCCGCUGCACCGACGCUACCCCCUCCUCCACCAGUGGCUCCAGUACAGGUUGCAACAACUGGCAAUGGCCUCGCAAAGACUGAUGCUGACAUCUUCGACCAGCUUGCGCGCCUGAGUCAGUUGAAAACAAGCCGUCCUUCUCCAUCCCCAGCGCCUGCCCCGUCUCCUGUUGCGCCAAGUCCACCAGUAGUGUCUCCACAGCCACCUGUCUCAUACAAUACCGGCCUUGGAAUGGGUUCUUCUCCUACACCCAUCGGCCAACAUCUGCAGAUCCAGCAAACAGGUGCACAAGGCCCUCGUGGGCCAUUCGCUCCUGUUCCGGCCAAUCAAAGUCUGUUGCAGCCCCUUAUACCCACUACCACAGGGUUCAACAACUUUGUACCAACGCGCCCAUUCAGCGCGUCGCCUUUCCAAGGUCAAGCACCACCUUCAUUCCUGUCAGCGCAACCAACGGGCUUUCCCGGUACAUCACAACCACUCUUAUCACAGCCCACAGGAUUACCGACAUCGGGACCACUGCUCUCGCAACCAACCGGUAUGUUCGGGGGGCCGUUUGGCACAUAUGGCGCUCGCCCGUCAUUCCAGAAUACCACGAUGCAACAGUCUCCAUUCAACAAUGUGGUUUCUUCUCCACCACCCAUUCCUUCUUCAUACUCUCAGUCAAACACUAGUUCUAACACAACGCCAGCAAACAUAUUUGCUCAGAUGAAAUCGGGAACGUUUGCCAGUGGAAAUGAGCAUUCUGGACCCCAGCAGGCAGAGACAUAUAAUGCUCUGCGCGUAAAUCGAUUUGUCCCACAAACGACUGGGUGGGGAUUUCAACCUAACAACGGAUUUCAACCGAAUGGAUAUACGGGGUACUAGACUUAGUGUUAAUUGUUGCUCUCUUUGACCAGAUGACAAUGCUUUGGAUGAAAAUAUAUGAUUGAACCUGGACUUAAAUGUUGUAUGAGUAAUCAAAUCUAGGAAAACUAAACAAUGUGCUACGAUGCCUCUACUACUACUAUGCCUUGGGUCCGUCCCACUCUCUCGAAGUACAUCUUGAGUCCCAGUCUGAUUUCCGGUGCAACAUCACGAGCAAGCAGCCCGGUUGCCAACGGAUAAAUCGCUGGAAGAUAUCUAACGAACUGCAUAUCUCGGUCAGCAGAGAAAAUAUGAAUUCCAAGGCAUCACAUACAGCCUUAUUGUCAAAACGACAGAACCCAUCUAAUAUCUCUGCAACAACAGGUGUCCAAGCAGUUAUGUUCUUGGCCUGUGUAUCAGCGCGGAGCUUAAUGUAGUCCUGUAGCACGCUCAAACCAAGACUACCAUCUGGGUCAAAUAAGGAAUACAGAGUUGAU